CCGUAGAGAUUGAAGUAGCGCCACUCGAAAACACCCUAUAGUUCCAUCAAGCCUCCACGAGCUUCAUUGUCUACCCCGCCAUCACCUUGAACCACCGAAACAUCUACAAACCGUCAUAAUGGUUGACCGUGCGAACCGUCCGUCCGCGCUUAGUUCAACGACCGCAUCUGGGCCUGAAGCUCAAGUCGACAUCAAUGGACAGGGUGGAAGCCAGAAAGUCGUAGCCACGCUGCCAUCUGGGGAGAGUGUGGAGGUCAUGCUCUUUGGAGCCACUGUGACCAGCUGGAAGAGCGACGGUGGCAAGACAGAGAACCUGUGGUUGAGCGAGAAGGCGGAUCUUACGGGAGGAAAGCCUGUGAGGGGUGGUGUUCCUGUGGUGUUCCCGGUCUUCGGUCCCCCACCCAAGUCAGGUCAUCCUACAUCUUCGCUCCCGCAACACGGUUUCGCUCGUGGAUCUCGCUGGGAGUUUCUAGGCAAGUCGACUUCCGAGGAUGUUGCCUCUAACUCCGUCAAGCUUGACUUCGGUCUGGACCGCUCAGGUCUUAGCGAGGAGUCGCGCAAAGCGUGGCCGUCGGAAUUCGGCCUGGUCUACAGUGUUACACUGAGCAAGGAGAGCUUGCAGACUGUCCUCACAGUGCGCAAUGAGGGAGAGGAGAGCUUUGAGUUCCAGUUCUUGCUGCACACUUAUUUCAAGAUCAAGGACAUCACCAAGCUCGAAGUCACCGGCCUUCUGGGUGUCGAAUACGUCGACAAGGUUCUCAACGCGUCGACUCACACGCAGUCUGACAACUCUCUCAAGUUCACGGGCGAGGUUGACCGCGUCUACAAGUCCAUCCCGCAAGACACUACAUCGAUUCUGGAGGAUGGCAAGCCGCGUUUUGAUAUCAUUCGCGACAAUGUCAAGGACACUGUUACUUGGAAUCCUUGGGUCGAGAAGGCCAAGUCGAUGGGCGACUUCUCGCCGGAUGACGGCUACAAGAACAUGGUCUGCGUUGAGAUCGGUGCAGUCGACGGUUGGCAGAAGCUGGACAAGGGUGAGGUUUGGGAGGGUGGCAUGUUGGUCAAGAGCUUGCUUUGAGGAAACUGUCCCAGAGGCCGCGACAACCGACUUGAAAACGAUUGAAUGCGCCUGACUCGGGAAGAGGAUACACUAAGUACCGACAGCACGAGUCGUGUGUAACAACAAUUAUGAACGGG